AGAUUUUAGUAUUUAUAUUGAACUGAUUGUAUUUAUAUAUUUAUAUAUAAUAUAACAAUAUUGAUUAAUAUUUAUUUGUCGAUCUGGUGUGACUUGAUCAUAUAUUUUUAAAAUGAAACUUUUAUGCUUAUUUUUAGCUGCUGCUACAGUUGUACAAGCAAGAGAUAUUCAUUUACAACAAGUCGUGGGAGGAGUGAGUGGAUCAGGGACGACCACUAGAUAUUGGGAUUGUUGCAAACCAUCUUGUGCAUGGAAAGAAAAUGUGGAAACUGCAUCGCCAGUGGCAUCGUGUGCUGCCGAUGGAGUGACAACUGUUGACCCUUCCACAAGAUCAGGGUGUGAUUCUGAUGGAUCAUCAUAUACAUGCAAUAAUCAACAACCAUGGGUUGUAAACAGUACCUUUGCUUUUGGUUUUGCUGCUGCAUCAUUUACCGGAGGUGCUGACAACAGCCAAUGUUGUAUAUGUGUGCAGUUAUCAUUUUUGAGUACUAUUACCGAAAAGACAUUGGUCGUUCAAGUAACAAAUACAGGAGCAGAUUUAGGCAGCAACCAUUUUGAUAUUCAACUUCCUGGAGGUGGUGUUGGAUAUUUCACAACCGGUUGUUCCAGUCAGUGGAACUGUCCCGCAAAUGGUUGGGGUUCUCAAUAUGGAGGAAUUACCUCAGAUUCUGAAUGCAGCGAAUUACCGGAAGUUUUACAGCCUGGAUGUCAUUUCCGUUUCAACUGGUUCCAAAAUGCCGACAAUCCCAAUGUAAAUUUCCAACAAGUUGUUUGUCCUUCAGAAUUGACCAGUAUUACCGGAUGUGCUUAGAUAGUUUAAAUGUAAUGAAACAAGUUUCUAUUUUGAAGUAAUAAAAUAUUUAAAGCAAA